GUUGUGACUGACACUUUGCCAACAAACCCAACCGACGCUGACUGACGCACAUUGCGCUCCAGUUAACUUCAGUAUCAUUUGGUAUCAUUCCAGUACGUUUCAAAGUCGGCAGUCUUGUGUUGCUGUGUACUGUCGUUUGUUGCGCAUACUGCGAUGUCGUCCGGUAGCUGGGAGUUAGUCAGCAGGAAGAAAGACAGGGGAAAUGACAAGUCAAACAAGCUCACAAAGGCUGAGAAGAAAAAAUUCAUCCAGAAUGCACCAAAAGUCGAGGAUUUCUUACCACUGAGUCAAGUAAAGACUCUCUACGAUAAUCUGGAUGGAAAUAAGGAAAAUAAGAAGCCUGCUAAGACACAAGGAAAAGAGCAUAAGACAAAAGAGAAUGAAGAAAAGAAAAAGCAGCAGCAGCAGAAACAGCAGCAGCAGCAAGCUGAAAAAAAGAAACAAGAACCAAAAGAGAAACCUCCAAAGACUAUAAAAGAUGCAUUGAAUGCGAUUGAUCCACAAGAGCUUAAUGAACUUCUGGCAACUGCACAAGUCAGAUUUCCUGAAGCUCCCUUGAUGUGGCUGAAAGAACUUGAUACAUUUCUCAAUAUCAAAAUACCCAUUAACAAAGAAGAUGUAGUAUUCUCAGGAAAACCUAAGGAUUACCCAUUAAAUUUAGUACCUAAGGCAAUCUCUUCCAUAUUAGAGCGGGUAGUGGAAAUGACGGGUCAGCAGACUAUACAAAUCUUUUAUGAGAAUACUCUUACUGCGAUGGCCACUGAUAUGGUCAAGGGAGUCCCUGUCAUUGGUCAUAAGAUAUUUUUGCAACUGUUAGCACAUUUAAAUCCCGAGAUGACCGCUGCCAAUAUUCCAAAAUUGAUUAGUAUAAGGAACUCUUACGAAAACAGGAAGAAUAUUGGCUUGUCCUUAUUAUGGACUUGGUCGCAAGCUGGCAAAAAAAAUCUAGCAAUUGGUUUGAAGAUUUGGCACGAGGUGAUGUCGCCAAUGCUGGAGACUAAAGGCUACGCGAACUACGUCGUACAAAUCCUCGAUGAUCUUGUUUUCGACCACGACAAUGUUCAUAAUCUCAGUUUAGACCUGUACCUGCAUAUUAUCAGGGAUACUUAUUCUCAAAAAUUUCAAAACAUUCAACCCGCAAAUUUGGGAAAAGAGAUUAGUACGAGUAUCGAUAAGUUGAGGUCGAUAUUAUUUAGGAACAAGAAUAUAAGUUAUUGCGAAUUAUUCGAAAUGUUAAUGGGAAAAGUUUCGCAAAAGUUGGAUCCAAACUAUAGACAGGAGUUAGUUAAGGCUCUUGCAGAUUGCCUUGUUACAGAACCUCUUUGCUUCACUAUUUGGGGUAAUAUUUAUAUUAAAUAUUUGUACCAAUCCAGUCUUCUUCUUUCGUAUAUUGAUACGAAUUUACCUAAUUUACAAACAAAGCUCAAAGCUAAGAAUUUCAAGGAAAUCCUCGGAACUAUUCAAAAUAAUAAUGAAAAGUGGAAAAAAGCCAAAGAUGAAAAUCUCGCACUUGCAUGCAAGAAAACGUCUCAAGACUUAUUGAAAAAAAUGACCUCUUCUACGCGACGCAGCUUUCCAUGGAGAUCUGCCAGUCUCCUUCUAAUGCUGUUUAUCGGCACUAUUGUAGCAUAUGAUACACAUAAACAUGGCUCCUUUGAGGCGUCCCAAGUUGGAAAAUUCUUGCAAACUAGCGGAAUAUUGAAAUAUGUAGAAAAGACAUGGAUUACUCUGAAGUUCUAUUCGUCUGCACUACACAAAGUGAUUAAGGAUAGCUCACCAGAAUAUUACAAAGCUGUUGUAGACUUCUGUACACCAUAUAUUAAAUUAGCCGGUGAUUUAUAUCUUAUACUGAAAAAUAUUUCGAUUAAACUGUUGAACAAUGCUGCAGCAUAUGUCGAAAAAUAUACACCUAUAGUUCUAGACGCAAUUGAAUACUAUGCUCCCGGUCUCAUAGAACAGACUAAAUCUACAACUCUUCAGGGAUUAGAAUAUGGGAAAGUUUACUUUACUCUAAUUGCAGAGAAAGUUAUCGAACAUUCCAGUGCAACAAUACAGUGGUUAAAAUACGUCUACGUGAAUAAGCUUAGCCCGGAUAAUUUGCGGAAUUAUGCCGUAUGGGCUUUCGACACGACACAUUCGUACGCCAGUCAAACGUAUGAUUGGGUAUACGAGAAAGUGCAGACUCUCUCCAAAGUGCCAUGAAUAAAAUCUAUUGGUUUACUCAACGAAUGAUUAUUGUGUCGAUAAAGAAACGUCUGUCUCCCCGCACAUCUUCAAGCAUUUAUUAUUUAUGACAUGGAAGUCGAAAUGUUACAUAUACUUUCGAAGAUCACAAACGCGUCGGCCAUUUUACCUGUGAUAUCUUGAAAAGAGAAUCUAUCCUGUUUUGGUUGGUCUUGACGAAGAAAAUUUCGUGACCUUCUGAUAAAACAUGAACGAUCGAGAAUAUUUUUUAUUAAGAUAAAUAUUUCUAUCAUUUUGAAAUAGUUGAUAAAAAAUAAUAUAGUCCAUAGAUUUAUUUGUACGCAAAGCGUCGAGUGCGGACUUUAAUAUUUUGUAUUUUCAUUUAUAAUUUUGAGAAUAUGAUUGAAUAAUAUAUUCGACUA